AUGGCACCAGUUGACUGCCCACGUGCACCUGACGUUCCAGCGGCGAAGCACAAGCGCUCGAACACACUCGCGACGGACGAGUCCGUGCAACGAGACAACGGCGUCUCGACGUUGCAAGCCGAAACGAGUAGUCAGGCACUGACAAUGUCAAGUGUCGAAACCUUGAGGCAUGUUCAGGCCGAGUACGCGCCACUACUGGCGGACCUCACGGACCGAUUCAGCUUUUUCCGAGCAUUAUUGAGCGAGUUUUGGCCUGAGAUGCAGCGGGAUCCGCGGGACGAGACGCAGCUGCCGGUGGAGAGUGACCAGCAGUGGUUUUGGUUUACCGAGAUGCAGUUUAUGGUCAUUUUCCUCUAUGAAGUGGCGUUCAUGGAGUUCUCUGUGAGCGUGACAAAGCCCGACUCGAUUACGCUCGAGCCAAUGGCAGAUGAGAAGAGGAACCAGAAGAAGCACAGAACGACGACGGCGAUGACCGCGGCAACGGCGAAAACGACGACUACGACGCUGUCGUAUCGUCAGGAUAUGGAAGAGCGUGUGGCGUUUUUGGCCAGACUGAAGACGUACGUAACCGAUCUUGCUUCGUGCCGUUUGGAGGCGACCAAGAAGGCGAACAAGAGAAUGCCUCGAGUGUUCCGACUGGCUGAGAUGUACAAGUUGUCGGCUGGAGAAACGACGCUGCUGCAGCUGCUCGUGGUCAUGCAGGGCUGCCAGAGCAAUGCCGUACGGUGUCAGAUUCUGGACGAAGACACGCAACGCAGAGGCUUGACUUGUCAGCGACUUUCGGGGCUCUCGGAAGUAGACGUGGCCGAGUUUCGCGACGACGAACGCGAGCACGUGAAAGAAGGCACGCUCAUUGUGGAUGACGAGUCGUACGGCAUGUCGCUAACGCUGUCAAACAUCUGCGUGCGUGUACUGCUGGGACGACAUUUGACUAGUAACCAAGCGCUGAAAUUGAGUCAGACGGCGCUUGAAGAACUACUUAAGGGCGAGGGACUGUCGUUUGGGGAAAUGCUAGACACGACGACUUCUUCGUCGUCGACAGGUGCGAAUGCUCGUCGGCACAAACGUGACCGCAGUAUGGAAAAAGUAUUGAAUGGAGAGCACGAACGAAAAGCGGCGGACCAACAGCAAGAAGAUGCAAGCGACUGCGAUAUGGAUGUCAGUGAGGAACAGGAGGAUGCCGAUGCUUCUGCUUUUUCGUUCAUUGGAAAGUACAAGACUGACAGCAAGCGCGCAAAAAGCCAGGCGAAGACUGACGAGCAAUUAUUGCUGGAGUCGGCAGAGAAUGGUAGUGGCAAGCCCCAUUUAUCGUCAUCCCUGAUGGAUUCGAGCGAGUUGAAGCCGUACAGCCCAGAGAAUCAGCUCGAAUACCUCGAGGAUCGGUUCCAGGUCGUGGCGUUUGCCAUUCGUGCAUCUGGUGCACGUGUGAAAGACCAGAUGAAAGAAGCGGGGACAAAGCAGCCGUGGGAAACGUCAACACCAGCAUCUGCAGGCCGACGAGAACUCAAGGCCAAGCAGCGAGUAUACAACCGCCGCACUCAGCACCGGUUGGCGCUUACACAGCAAGCUGGUCACCCUUUGCCGCGACUCGAGGAACUGGCUGCAAAGUUCAAGCUGAAUCGAUUUGAGCAGAAUGUGAUUGUCAUGCUUAUAGGCAAGACCAUUUCGCCAGUCAUCAAGAACUUGAUCGAUGGCGUGGAUACGUCUCCUGUCCAGCGCAUGGACGAAAGCGUGAUCAUCAACCAAAUAUUGUCGAUUUUCUGUGACACUUUCCAGGAGCAAGUGGCCCACCGUGUCUUUUUUUACAAGUCCUCGCGUCUACUUACCCGCGGUCUCGUCAAGCUGCACCGGGGCCGGUGGCACUCGACGGCGGGAGACCUCGUUGAUCAGCGUGUUGAACUGGACCGCCGCGUGUUAGAUUGGGUGGUUGGUCUUGAUACGGAAAUGAAUGAGCUGGUGGAAGGCUCGGACUUGUACACCCCUAAGGUGCAGCUGGAUCAGGUCGUGCUGCCUGAAGAGCACAAAAGCACUAUCCUUGAGACCGCUGAGAGUUACGAAAGCUUUCGGAGAUAUCGCAAGAAAAGCGGGUUGGAGCAGACAGGGAUGGCGUAUGGUGCUGGUCUGGUGUUGUUGCUCUGUGGCGCUAGUGGCACCGGUAAGACGAUGACAGUGAACGCAGUUGCGCACCAACUUAAGAAACGUGUGUUACUGGUGGACUUUCCAUCGCUGCAAGGCAAGCGCCAAGAAGGUGUCGAGGCGGACGCAGAUUUGCGUGGUCUGUUUCGCGAAGCUGACAUGAGCAACGCUGUGCUGUUCUUUGACGAGUGCGAGAACAUCUUUCGGCAACGCGAUGGCGGAGGAGACCGAUUGCUGAACGCGCUGCUGACAGAGAUCGAGCGGUAUGAAGGCAUUGUGUUUCUAGCGACCAACCGACCGUUCGACCUCGACGAAGCCAUGCAUCGUCGGAUCACUGCUGUGUUCGAGUUCAAGGCACCGGACCACAUUCAACGGCGGAAGAUUUGGGAUGUGCUUUUGCUGCGGGGAGCCUUGCAAGUCGAGCCCAGUAUCGAUUUGGACGCCAUCGCGCUCAAGUAUGAACUCAGUGGUGGGUUUAUCAAAAACGCCAUCCUGUCUGCUCUGCUGAAAGCCAUCUCACGAAGCGGCGAGUCACCUGUGAUCUCGCAAGCUGACAUUGUGGCGGGCUGUGCACUGCAGAUGCGCGGCAGUCUGCACAUGAAGACGUUUGAUCAUCGCGUAGUGCCCACAAGUGGGUUGGAUGAGCUUAUUGUUGAUGAGUCCGUGAAGGAAAAGCUGCGGCGAAUAGUGCACUUUGAGAAGGCGCGCAGUGUGAUCUACGGGCAGUGGGGAUUUGACUUUGGUCAGUCCAACAAGCAGCAGAAGGGCGUGAGUGUGCUGAUCUGUGGCCCGCCAGGCAUUGGCAAGCUCAACGCUGCAAAGAGUAUCGGGUUUGAGAUUGGCCGCCCUCUGAAAGUGGUCAGCUUUGGCCAGCUGGCCGCGGACUCAGCUGCUGCUACCCGCAAGGCACUGCGGGCCGUAUUUGACGAUGCUCGUCUUAUGGACGCGGUGCUGGUGCUGACGGGUUUCGAGUCGUUUGGCAGCCACAUUGAAGGAGGCGUCAUCCCGAUCGACAACCUCGAGGCCUCACCUCGUUUCCGCAUGGAGGUGAUGCGUCUUCUGGAGCUCAUGGACACUUUCCCGAGCACGACCGUUCUGCUCGCGGACGUGGACAAGUCGGCUUCGUCGUCGUUGGUACAGUCGGAGUUUUGCCGCCGCCUCAAGUUUGUCGUGGAGAUGCGAAAUCCGAACUCGAAGCUCCGUGAGAAGCUCUGGCGCGCGUGCUUUCCUCCAACAGCACCGUUGGACACGAACAAGCCCAUUGACUUCCAGCGCCUGGCCGAUCGGUUCGACUUGAGCAGUACGGCAAUCAGUGACGCUGUGUUCCGUGCCGCUGCCAGUGCAGCUUUGCGUGAAGAGAGCACGCGCGUGAUCACGAUGAAAGACCUGACUGACGCCGCUGAAAUCGAGCGACAAAAAGCGCGCGGCGGCGCUGCAGCCAUGGAAAACCUCUUUGUCUAA